UCGCUGAAAAACGUGCGGUUCGCACACCAGCUUACCACAGUCAAACGGUUCGACACGCGAUCGGAGCCGAUCUCGAUCUCCAGCGAAAAUUCGCCGGAGCUGGCGCCCGUGCACAGCGAUGACUUUUGGUUUGGCACAGCGUCGCCCGCAGCAGGAGCAGCAGCGGUAAAACCGCACAAGCUCUCCUCCACCUUCAGUCUGUACGACUCCACCCUCUACAGCGAAAGCGACAGCGACAGCAGCGACUGCGAUCUGGAGCAGCCCCUUUUCCGGCUCGACAGUGCGCGGCUGACGCCGCGCACGGCAACAGCCACCACUGCCACCCAGCGCUUCAUCGUCGACAAAUGGCGGCUGCUGUCGUCCGACAUCCAGCCCGUGAUCACGCGUCGCGCCCUGGACCUGCAGUCCCACAUCCUCGCCCAUCUCAGGGGCCACAACAUCAAGCUCAACAAAGUGUCGUCUUGUUUGGACUCCCACAAGAUCCAGGGUCUCAUCUACGUGACGAACCUGAACUUUGAGAAAUCUUUGGAAAUCAAGUUCACGUUCAACUCGUGGCGGGACGUACACUACGUGCCGGCCUUUUACCACCGCACCGUGACCCGUUCCAUCGACGAAUUCAAGUUCACCAUAGACUUGGCAGGCCUCGCCUUCUUUAUGCAGUCCAAAAACAUUCUUCACUGCAAUUUUCACAACCCAGAAACCUGCUGCGCCGUCAGGAUGGAGUUGUGCUGUCGAUACGAUGUCAACGGAGAAACCUACUACGACAACAACAACUACAACAACUACCACGUCGAGCUUCAAGCAUUCACGCAUCCGGUGAUCCAUCGGACCGCGGCAUCCGUGCCUAAUCUAAGCGCUUUAUCGUCUUCGGACUCGCUCCGCCAUUCCACAAGCUCAACUACAGUGAACCCCAGAUCUUUUGGGUCCGAUUUCUUGGCCUCCACCACUCUAUCCUCUAGUGCUGCCAAAACGGCAUCCAAACUGGUCACCACGUCCGGUAGAAAAUUCUCGGACAAUACCGAUUACUAUAACACUUCUCCUCUCAAACACUUGUUUCACAACGAUACAACGUUGGCAAAACCAUCUCGCAUAAACGAAGUCACUUUUGAUUAUGACACCACUCCAACUUCCCCAAUGCAUUACCUUUUCAAUCAGACCCAGGGGCAACCAAACUAUACACACACCCCGCCACCCACACAGGAUGGGUCUCAUGAUACGCCCCUCAAUCAUCCGCAUAUGGACCAUUCAGGCGCCUUUGACAACGCUUCGCUUUCAAAAGAAAACGACGACAUCACCGAUCUAGAGCAACGUGUGCCCUCCGAUAUCUCCUCAUCCAGCACUUAUCGCAAUCCACUUGCUGAUGUUUCUUGCUCAACUUCAGACUCUCCGGCAGACACAGCCACUACGACCAAUAGCUCUUCUUUCUCCGUUACAAGUCACCAGCCUCGGGCUUUAAAAGGAUUAUCCUCUUUCAAGCUUAGACGCGAUCUUUUUCUGUCCUCCGCCGUCUCAGUGGACCAGAAGCUUACCCCGGAGUCUUCCACCACAUCCAUGGACUACAACAAAUUGAUUCAAUCCUACUGCUUUUACAAUUCUAGGGAUAAUUCUUCGGGUCCCAAAACGAUUACUCCCUCGUUUUGGACAAGCCACAUAUCCCCAAGUACGCCGCCCUUAUUGUCUCCUACCGACAAACACGACUGGAUGCUUUGA